UAGUUUAGUCUGUCCCGAGCAGCGCCUGUUAGAGUGCGUGACAGAGCGGGGCUGUUUUGGUGUUUUGAAGUUAGCGUUUCGCUCCAAAACGAUGUCUCAACCGCCACCAAAACCGUGGGAAAGACGAAUUCCUGGAGCUGUAGGAGCUCCACUAAGCUAUCGUUCUGCAGAUUUUGGGACAGGAAGUGGCCUAACAUCAUCAGGUCCUUCAGUCAUGACGCGUGUGGCGCCUCCAGUCCCCCCACGCCUAAUCCAGCAGACCUACCGUCCAUCCUACAGCUCUUUCCCGUCCUCCUACAGCCCCUUCAGCAGCUCUCCGUACGGAGGCUACAGCCCGUACAGCUACGGCGGUGUGGGAUACAGCCGCUUCCUCCCGGAGGAGGUGCCUCCGAGCCGCUUCGUGCAGCAGGCGGAGGAGAGCAGCCGAGGCGCGUUCCAGUCCAUUGAGAGCAUCGUCCACGCGUUCUCCUCCGUCAGCAUGAUGCUGGACGCCACCUUCUCGGCCGUCUACAACAGCUUCCGCGCCGUGCUCGACGUGGCCAACCACUUCUCCCGGCUUCGCACCCACUUCACCAAAGUGCUGUCCGCCUUCGCGCUGGUGCGGACGCUGCGCUACCUGUACCGACGGCUGCAGAGGAUCUUGGGAAUGAGGUUGGACGCUGAGGUGGAGGAUCUGUGGGAGGAUAGUGCCGCAAGCGCCGUAGUGCCAGGAGGAAGAGGAGCCGGCGUCGGCGAUUCCAGAGAUGGCAGAGUGAAGUCUUGGCCCAUAUUUCUGUUUCUCGCAGUGGUUUUCGGAGGACCCUACCUGAUCUGGAAACUUCUGAGAUCUGAGGAGGGCAUAGAGGAGCGUGGCACUAACUGGGCCAGCGGUGAAGACGACCACGUGGUAGCCAGAGCCGAGUACGACUUCACUGCUGCUUCUGAGGAGGAGAUCUCUCUGCAGGCUGGAGAUAUGCUUAACCUGGCUCCAAAGGAGCAACAGCCGAGGGUGCGUGGGUGGCUGCUGGCCAGCGUGGACGGCCAGACCACAGGCCUCAUCCCUGCCAACUACGUCAAGAUCCUGGGAAAGAGGAGGGGCAGGAGGCAAGCCGAGCUGGAAAGGUUGGCACAGCUUCAGCGGGGACCGCAGGUUCAGGAUCUGCAGUCAGCACCAGCUCAGGUUACGGUGACCGUGCCAGCCUCAGCCUCUGCCGGUCAGCCAGCCCACGAGGAGCUGCUGGAGUGUGUGUACAGAGAAACUCCAGCAUCUUACGCAAGCGCAGCCGUCACGAUUGACAACAGCAGCACAAACACUGCUCUAGGAAAUUCUGAGAAACUUGAUUUGUGAGUGUGUGUGUGUGUGUGUGUGUGGGGGGGGGGGUGUAACUGAUAGUUGCUAUGAAUCUUAUCUUCCAAAGUCUCAUCCAAAUGUGCUUUAUGCAUAUUUUAAAUUUCGGCAUACAGAAUGUUGAUUCUGACGGUUUUCUGACGGCUUGGCUGAUGGGAACAGUUGUCAUAUGGAAGAAGAGAAGAUAUGAUAAACUGAUUUUUGUUUUGUUUUGUUUUUUUUAAAUAGAUGGUGAAUGUGUCAGGUACAGACUCUCCAUGACUGUUUUUUUCUGCUCCUUUAGUUGACUUUUCAUAAGUUUGCUAAACAUUUGGAUGGAAGCAGAACAAACUUCAUUAAAAUGGAGGACACUCGGGGGAACUGCUACACUUCUGCUGAGAUUUAAAGGUGUGAUCAGGAUGUUUUGAUGCUAAAUUACACAGGUUUAAUUUAUAAUACCGUAUUUAUUUCAUGGUAUGUCGAUAAAAUGAAAAUCUAAUAAGGAAUUACAACAAGAAACUACCUAAUAAAAGUCGUAGAGGGGAUUUAAAGGAGCCGUUUGUUAUUUUUAGGGCCCUCUGCUGCCUGUGAGGCGAAUUACAUUUGCAGUGAAGUUCUUCCCAUUCGUCCCAAUCGUUUCCACUCGGACUGUUUUAAAUGUUAAGGAAAAAGCGGCAAAUCUGAGCAGCUCGGUUCUGCCUGGGGGGAGGGGGUGGAGCUCAUUUCUGAACCAGAAAAAUCUAAUCUAGUCUGAAAUAAGAAGCCAGCUUCAUUGUUUAAUUAUUAUAGAUCGUGAAAGACUUUUUUUCUUUUUUUUAAAUUACAUACUGCACCUUUAAUAAUUAUAUCAAGACUAAGAAUCGAAUCUGUUCCUAAAUCCUGAUUAUAGCUUUAAACAGCUGUGUGUUGGAUAAGCAGGUAUCAUCGUAAUUCAUGUUUUGUGAAUUACACAAUACACUACUUAUUCGUUAACUGUAGAAAAUGUGUGCUGUGUCAGUUCUCGUAUAAAAGUUUUUUUUUCACUUAACAGUUCAACAUGUUGGUAUCGAUCACAGGAAAAAGCGGCUUUGAUAAAGAGAUAAUAACGUAGAAUAUAUGUAUCUGGAUUGGAUGAUCUAUAAUUUAUUGCACCUUAUAUACGCUGAGAUUUGAUAUGAGGCUAGAAUCAAUAGAUGUACUGUUUAGACCUUGAUUUUUAAUUAACAGGUUUAAUUGAAACAGUCGCUAGAAUUAUUGAAUUAUUGAGAAGGUGCUUGGGAUACUCUUGUUUCAGCGGCUUGCAGUACCGUUACACGGCAUCAUGUUUCGCACAAAGAUACGCUGUAAGAUUUUGUCUUUUCCUGUUUUGUGUGUGUGUGUGUGUGUGUGUGUAGUGUCACUGAAUAAUCAUUAGCGCACAUGAACCUGUGUAAAUACAAGCAGUAUUUUCAGUAAAAUAUUUUCAGACUAA